CUCCCACCGAAUUCUGAAGCAUGUGGCCCUCCACGGCGUCUGUGUCCAUCUCCGUGUUCUCAGCACACACGAUGGAGACCUCAGACCGCACCGGCUGCAGCCAGAGCGCUUCGCAGGCUGAGGCCCCAAGAACCUUCUGAACUGCUCCACUUCAAAACUGCGGGCAAGAAAAAGAUUUGCAGCAAAUCCCCCCAGCCCCGUUCGUGCAAAGCCUGGACUGGCCAACCCCAGCGUCCCAGAACACAGCCAGCAGGGAGCCUCGGGAACCCACCCUUUCACCUCAGUGCCCCCUCGGAGUCCGACAGCCUCAGGAAGCUCCCGGCCAGCCCCUCAAGGAGCUCAGAGAGAUCAACUUGGAGGAUGGAGUCAGAAGGGGGUUCCUCAACGUCCCCAGCCACCCUUGUCACCCUGAAGGACCCAGACACUGGGCUUAGCAGCUCGUCUCUGGACCUCCCAAGUGCAGACCCAGGGAAGCUCCAAGCACUGCCUGUUGGGCCUGAAGCCCACUGUGGGGACCCUGCCUCUGGGAGCCCUGGCAGCCAGGCCUCUGCGGGACACAACACCCAGGACACAGGCUCUGUGGGGGACCCCAGCAGCAUUUCUAAGAUCCCUAAUCGGGACAGCGGGAUCGACAGCCCCUCCUGCAGCGUGGUCGGCGAGCACUUCCCCUGCGAGGAGAGCGGUGAGGCGGGCCCAGGCCCCACCACCAAAGCGCUGCACCCAGACACAACCCCGGAUGGCAAGGCGGAUGGCAAGACGGAUGGCAAGGCCCCACGGGAGGAGGUCGAUAGCGAUGUGGGCGAGGGCAGCAGCGAGGAGCCAGACCCUGAGAACAACGCCCUGAGGGCCGAUGUGGAUCCAGCCAAGCACUCUGAGCCGCAGAAGCUGCUCCACAUUGCCCAGGAGCUCCUGCACACCGAGGAGACCUACGUGAAGCGACUGCACCUGCUGGACCAGGUUUUCUGCACCCAGCUGACGGAAGCAGGGAUCCCUUCGGAAGUCAUCACGGGUAUCUUCUCUAACAUCUCCUCCAUCUAUCGCUUCCACGGACAGUUCCUCCUGCCUGAGCUGCAGACACGGAUCACAAAUGAGUGGGACACGAACCCCCGCCUUGGAGACAUUCUGCAGAAGCUGGCCCCAUUCCUCAAGAUGUAUGGCGAGUAUGUGAAGAACUUCGACCGGGCCAUGGAGCUGGUGAGCACCUGGACCCAGCGCUCACCGCUGUUUAAAGACAUUGUCCAAGGCAUCCAGAAGCAGGAGAUGUGCGGAAACCUGACUCUGCAGCACCACAUGCUGGAGCCCGUGCAGAGGGUCCCCCGCUACGAGCUGCUGCUCAAGGACUAUCUGAAGAGGCUCCCGGAGGACGCCCCAGACUGGAAGGAUGCAGAGAGGUCCUUGGAACUCAUCUCCACAGCUGCCAACCACUCCAACGCUGCCAUUCGGAAAAUGGAGAAAAUGCACAAGCUUUUGGAGGUGUAUGAGAGACUGGGUGGGGAGGAGGACAUCGUCAACCCUGCCAACGAGCUGAUCAAGGAGGGCCAGAUCCUGAAGCUGUCGGCCAAGAAUGGCACAGCCCAGGACCGUCACCUCUUCCUGUUCAACAGCAUGAUCCUUUACUGUGUGCCCAAACUGCGGCUCAUGGGCCAGAAGUUCAGUGUCCGGGAGAAGAUGGACAUUUCCGGCCUCCAGGUGCAGGACAUCGUCAAGCCAAAUGCAGCGCACACGUUCCUCAUAACUGGGAAGAAAAGGUCCCUGGAGCUACAAACUCGGACCGAAGAGGAGAAGAAAGAAUGGAUUCAGGUCAUUGAGGCCACGAUUGAGAAGCACAAACAGAACAGCCAGACUUUUAAGACCUUCAGUGGCUCCUUCGGGCAGGAUGAGGACUCCUCCCUCACUCCAGACUCGUCUAUGGUGAGCACCAACUCUGAAGCACCCACAGUGGUACCCAACAGUGGAGGGGGGACUGCAGGGCUGGAGCCCAGGAGAGGGUCCUCUAAGACCAGGCGUGACAAGGAGAAGCAGGGCUGCAGGAGCUGCGGUGAGACCUUCAACUCCAUCACCAAAAGGAAACACCACUGCAAGUUGUGCGGGGCGGUCAUCUGCGGGAAGUGCUCCGAGUUCAAAGCCGAGCACGGCAGGCAGAGCCGUGUCUGCCGAGAGUGUUUCCAGGCACAGCCAGUGGCCUCCUCCCGCCCGGAGGAGCACGGGGAGCCCAAGCAGAGCACAGAGAAGCCAGUCGCUGAGGAUACCCUGCCCAGCCUGCUUUGCGGCCCCCUGCAGGUGUCGGAUGGUAGCACAGCCUGGAGCAAGGUGUGGGCUGCCAUCUCUGAGUCGGAGCCCCUGGAGUUGGUGCUGCACCUGCAGGGAGGCAGCCAGGAUGGCCAGCUGCUGCGUGCCAUCCCGCUCUCCGGCUGCAGAGUGAGCGUGCCGGACCCCGCGGAGAGGCCGGGUGCUGGGCACGUGUGGCAGCUGCAGCAGGCCCGGGAGUCCUUGUACCUGAGCGCCUCGUCCGCCGAGCUGCAGCAGCAGUGGCUGGAGGCCCUGAGCACAGCAGCCCGUGGGCCCUCGGCCCAGGCCCCAGAGGGCCCGUGAGCUGAGUCUCUGCCGCAUCUCUGGCUGUACACCCACCACGACAGGGUCGGUACUCACCUGAGAGGUGGCGUCGAGGCCACAUGCAGGCAUGAAGGGAGCCUUGACUGCUAAGGGGCCAAAAGGUCAAAUGGCACUGGGCCCUGGAGGGUCCCUCCAAGUCAGAGAGGAGAAAAAUGAGGCCCAGAGAGGGACAGCCACCUGCCUAGGGUCACCCAGCACAUUCCUCGAAGAGCCAGGCCUCUGUCCGCAAGCCCAGCAGUGCGACCCAGAGUGGGGCGCGGGGUGACUGUCAAGUAAACCCUGUCUGAAUGGGCCAGGCAGGGUCACCUGGCACCGGAAGACAGAAGGAGCCUCCCGGGUGGUGUCCAGGGACACUUGGUGGAUGUCAGCAGUCAUGCCACCCCUCCUGACGGUUGCUCAUCCAUCUAUACCAUCUACAUCCAUGUGAGCUGAACUGUAACUGGCCUGCCAGACUCUGGCCCCCUUCUCUUUCGUCUCCAGGCCACUGGGCACAGCCCUGUGCUGCCCCGUAGCUCACCACCCCAUUUGCAGAUGCCCAUGGGGGUGAGUGGCGGGUUCCUGAAAACUACAGGGCGACCACACUGGUGUCGUGUGGGGGCCUGAGAUUUGUGCCUGCGUUCCCUGGAGGGCAGUGGACAGUGCUUAUCUGCAUAAGUAAAUGCUGGCAGCCAACAGGUGGACACA